AUGGCAGUCGUUGCUUUGCCGUCCCCCUUACAAAGUUCCAUUCGCUCGCCAUGGGCCACUUUCGCAGAGCAACGCUUCCACGAGCUGGACGGCCUCAUUUGGGGCAUACAGAGCCAGCGCUCAGAGCUGGCCCUCAACCGACAGAAGAUAGCGAAGGAGCUCGACGACCUACAUCGCAUCCAACGUCAGCUUAUCAUGCGGCACAAUGCGCUUCUUCCCGUCUCAUCACUUCCCGCCGAAAUCAUGUGCAUCAUCUUCGAGUACGCUGCUCAGGCGGAGCGCCCGCAUGCCCGCCUUCGCCAAUGUGGUGGGGCAGCCAGUUUGGGGUGGAUUCGGCUGGGGCACAUCUCAGCGCGCUGGAGAAGCAUCCUGCUUGGGCACAAGCACCUUUGGGCUGGAAACGUCUGCGCAUUACCGCUUGCGACCGUCAGCGCUGUACACCGCGCCGGUGCUGUGCCUGUCAACAUACGUUAUGACGUCGACGACGUAGCGGACUCUCGCUCGGCUGAGCGCUCCGUUUACCGAGCAUUGCUGGAGCCCGGCGUUCGGAUAGGCAACCUAUCACUCACAGCGCGCUCCUCGUUCUUGCAAGAGAUAGCUGCCAUCCAGCUCACUUGCCCGCUACCUUCAUUGAACGCGCUGCAUCUCGAAUGUCACCAACGACCCCAUUGGGAGGUGCAUGUCAACGAGACUUGCAUGUUACCGAGGAAUUUACUCGCGGGAAAAGCUCCUGCAUUGCGCACCCUUAUUCUCAAGAGGUGUUUCCUCCCAUGGUCUUCGUCACUUCUCAGCGGUCUCACGCACCUGGAAAUCCGCUUGGACUCUCAUUCCAUACCGGAGCACCUGUACCCGACCGAAGAGGGACUCCUAGGAGUACUAGCCUCCAAUAGCUCUCUAAGCACCCUCGUGUUAGCAUUCUGCCUGCCACGCACCGGCCUCGGCACAUCGACUGCAGUCGUAUCGCUCCCAAAGCUCGCCCGACUGACCCUGGGAGGCGACGCGGACUCCUGCGCUUGGUUUUGGAGUCACGUGCAUGCUCCCACUCUGCAGACAGCGGGCGUCGUCGCCGCAUCCCAGCGCGGCCACGGCGCAGACUGCUUGGAGAUCGUCCCACUGGUCGCGCCAUACGUUCGCACACGGGGCAUACGAGCGCUGUCGAUCCAAACUCAACACUUCGACAUCCGUAUGGAUGCGUACGGCACAGCGUGCUCGCCAGACGAUGUGGAAUGGGAGGCUGCCAAUGCGCUCGACAGCUUCAAGCGGCCACACCUCAUCGAUCGCGACCUUCAAUCUGCUCUUUCGCUCACCUUCCCUCGAUGGGCAAGCCCGUCUAACGGAGGGUAUCGUGCGGUCGUCAAUGACAUAGCGCGUGGCCUAGAGUUGAAAGACAUCGAGACGCUCUCGGUCGAGGUUGCCGACGAUCACUUCGGCUCCGCAGAGUGGGUCAACGCGUUCAAGCACCUCGUCCAUAUUCGAGCAUUGCAUGUCCGCGGUGCACCAGCGAGGUCGCUGCUGGACGCUUUGGCCAACGCUGAGGAGGUUCUUUUUCCGGGGCUGCAGAUCCUGUCACUACAGGGAGUGAACCUCCUUCGCAGCGAGGUGUCGUUGAGCGACGUUUGUCUGGCGUUGAUGGAACGACGGCGGCUUUCCGAGCUGCGGAUUGUGAGCUGUACUGUAGAUAGGAGCUGGGUUGAUGCUGUGAAGGGUGGAAUUGUGUCUGUCGUAUUGGAUGGUGUUCAUUGUCAUUAG